UGUUAUGGCAUCGUCUGGUGUUUCGACGUCGUCUUGGUCGAAAUGGCAAAUUGCGUUAGUAGUAGGUGCUCCGGUAGCAUUAGGUAUAGGUUAUUGGUAUCUAAAACAAAAUGCUUCUUCCAUCGGCCAAAAUAAUGACUCGUCAUCGAGUUCUAAAAGUAAACAAUCAUCUUUGUUGGGGACCGGCGAUCAAACCUCGAUUGACACGGAAGGUCUCGAUUCAGUGAAUUCUGCGAAAACUCUUCCCGAGAAUCCUUUGGAAAGAGCACUGUAUCACAAGGAUGCAGGAAAUCAACAUUUCAAAGCAGGAAAGUAUGAUGAAGCAAUUAAGUGUUACAAUGAAGCAAUCAGUGUUUGUCCCACAGAUAAAAGAACUGAUCUGGCCACAUUUUACCAAAACAGAGCAGCAGCUUAUGAACAGUUGAAACUAUAUAAAGAGGUCCGCGAAGACUGUACACGUGCCUUGGAUUUAAAUCCAAAAUAUGUGAAAGCUCUCCAGAGACGAGCUAAGGCUUGUGAGCUGACACAUGACUUGCAGCAGAGCUUGGAAGAUGUCACAGCAGCCUGCAUUCUGGAGGGCUUCCAGAAUCAGUCCAACUUGCUCACUGCUGAUAGAGUCCUCAAAGAACUGGGUAGGCAGCAUGCUAAGGAGGCUAUGGCAAGCAGGAAGGCAAUCAUGCCAUCAAAGCAGUUUAUUAAAACCUUUUUCUCUUCAUUUAUUGAAGAUCCUAUUAAAAACAGUAUGAGCGACAAAAAUGAAAGUGACUCAGCAGAAGCUGAUAUAAGAGGUUUUGCCCGUGCAAAGCAAGCCUUUGUUGUUCAAGAUUAUGAUGACAUUAUUCCAGCCUGCACAGAUGAAAUAAAUUCAGAGUCGGCAGAGUACAAAAAUGAGGCUCUCGUUCUGAGAGGAACAUUUCACCUCCUCCUUGGACAGCAUGAUGCAGCAUUUAAAGAUUUUGAGGCUGUUAUAAAUAAUCCUGAUGCCAAUGUAAAGCUUCGAGUUAAUGCACUUAUAAAGCGAGCAUCACUGCACAUGCAACUCGAGCAGCCAGUUAAAAGCCUAGAAGACUUCAAUCUGGCUGCUCAAUUGGACCCAAACAAUUCAGAUGUGUAUCAUCACAGGGGGCAGGUACAUUUGCUAAUGGAAAAAAUGAAUGAGGCCAUGGAUGACUUCAAUAAAGCAGUUACUCUGAAUCCAAACUUCCCAAUCGCAUAUGUGCAGAAGUGCUACACAGAUUAUAGACAUGCCUUUCAGACUAGAAAUAUGGAAAAAAUGGAAGAAGUUAUGAAUGAAUUUCGUAGAGCUGUUGAAAGAUUUCCUACUUGUUCAGAGUGUCAUACACUUUUUGCUCAGGUACUUAGUGAUCAGCAAGAUUACGAACGAGCUGACCAGUACUACAGAAAAGCUAUUGAAGUAGAGCCAGAAAAUGCUACUCUGUAUGUUCACAGGGGUUUGCUGCAGUUGCAAUCUACAGGUGAUAUUAAUAAAGCCAUAGAACUGAUCAGCAAAGCCCUGAAAAUGGAUGAUCGGUGUGAAUUUGCCUAUGAAACUCUCGGAACAAUAGAAGUGCAAAGGGGUAAUUUGAAACGAGCUGUGGAGCUAUUUGAUAAAGCCAUUCCUUUAGCGAAGACUGAAAUUGAGAUGUCCCAUUUAUUCUCAUUGAGGGAUGCGGCAAUUGCACAAGCUACAGUUGCGGAGCGAAUGGGCAUCAGUAUUGCCUCCGGUAAUCAAAAUUAGUGGAGGUGUGAAUUCUUAGUGAGAAAGAUAACCUGACUGUGACCGUGUGCAGUAUUUGAUAACAUUAUAAAAACUCAGGAUCCUCCAAAAUAAAAACAUUGUUAUAGCUACAUUUUACAACUUUGAUUUAAGCCCAGCAAAAGACUAGUUUCAGUGGAGUUCGUCUUCAUUACUUGAUUGUUCAUGUACUUAUAGAUAACUGAAAUUUUCAGUGCACUUAAAACAUCUCAGUGCAACUUGACAGUUAUUGUUCUGAUACUGUAAAUAAUCUCAGACAGUGAAUGCUACACCUCAUCUGCACAUAGUCUGAAGGAUUAUUGCCACUUAUUUACAAGAAUGAGAAAUAUUUUUUGCUUAUUGCAAACAUUGUUCAGAGAAUUUCUAAAAGCUUAAGUUUUUUUCAAGUCUUCAUCAUUCCACCAUCAGUUGCAUAGUAGAAAUUUUUUUAGAGUGAAGUAGUGUGCGUGUGUGAGAUUGAGAAAAAUAAGCUGUGUUCAACAAAAUUGAACUAUGGAACAAGAGCUUAAGAAAGACUUACUAGAUUUCAGUUUAUAUUGUAGCAUUAUUAAAGCUCACAAGUAUGUGUUGCAUUUGUGUCCAUGUACAGUCGCUACAAAAACUGUUUGUAAAUUCUUUAUUGCCACACACAAUAAAACACAUAUUUGUGUGAA